AGGACAACAAUUCCCACAUACUCAAGCCAAAAAUAGCGUAAAAAUGAUUUGUGAAAAUGUCCUCGUUUGGCUAUUUUCCACCUUAAUUGCGUUCUUGUUGCUAAACGCCUGGCAUAAGCGACGUCUUCUUUAUUACGCCUCCAAAAUAAACGGCCCUUUUUCCUGGCCCAUCAUUGGAAGCGCCCAUUACUUCAUCGGGGGCCAAAAAGUAUUUUACAAAAAAAUAACCCAACUGUUGGAAACACAACCGGAAAUAUUCAAAAUCUGGUUGGGUGGACAACUAGUUGUGGUAACUUCAAGGCCCGAAGAUGUUGAAGUUAUUGUGAACAAGUUUUUUGAAAAGGGACCAAUUGUUGAAUAUUCGAAAAAAUUCCUCGGAAAUAGUCUUCUAAGAGCCCCAGCUCAUAUCUGGAAGGAUCGAAGAAAAAUGCUCAACCCAACAUUUAACCAAAAAAUUUUAAACACUUUUAUGGGCACUUUUGCAACACAUGCCCAUAAGUUGGUCAAAGAACUUGAAGAACAUUGUGGGAAAGACUAUGAUGUUUUUUCAAACUUGAUAAGGUGCACUUUAAAUUUAGCAAUAGAGAAUUUGGCGGACGUGGACAGUGAUUUAAUCCAAGGACAAGACAAUUAUUUGCAAAACGUAAAGAGAUUAGAGGACCUUUUGGCGAUUCGCAUUUUCACAUUUUGGUUUCACGCUGAUUUUUUUUGGAAAAUGUCCCCAUUGAGUAGAGAAAUGCAUAAAGCAACUGAGGAAACGUUUGCUUUCGUUAAGCAAAUCAUCAAAACGAAAAAAAUGAACGUGAAACAAGACAAUAACAGUCCGACCAAAGGAAAACUUUUCAUAAAUCACCUCAUAAAAGUUAGCAAAACCGACGCAAAAAUCGACGAUUUGGCAAUCGAGGAGGAAAUCCAAAACAUUCUGAUUGCUAGCAGCGAAACUACAGCUCUUACAGCUGGCCUGGUUUUGACAAUUUUGGGAAUAUUUCCAGAAAUACAGUUUAAAGUUUCGAACGAACUUGGGGCGGUUUUUGGGCAUGAUGGAAGAGCGCCAUCUCUGGAAGACAUUAACAAGAUGGAGUACUUGGAAUGCGUUAUUAAGGAAACUCUGAGAUUAUUUCCAGUACUGCCGAUAAUUUUGCGAUUCCUGGACCAGGACAUAAAAUUGGGCGCUUAUACGAUCCCAGCUGGCUGUAGCAUCGCCAUUCCAAUUUGUCACCUCAAUAAAAAGGCAGAUUUUUGGGAAAAUCCGGAAAAAUUUGAUCCAGAUCGCUUUUUGCGAAUGAAUAGUUCCGAGCGUCAUCGUUGUACGUUUAUUCCUUUUAGUUAUGGGCCCAGAAAUUGCAUAGGCUUGAAGUACGGUAUGAUGUCAUUGAAGGUUUUGUUAUCGACGAUUUUACGCAAUUAUACGAUUAAACCAUCGGUUUAUGAAAAGUUGGAAGAUAUCGAGAUGGUUUUUUGUGUGCUGAGCAAACCAAGUUUGGGGUUCAAAGUCAAACUGGAGAAAAAAAUACAUGAACAAAUUAUUGUAAUAAUUGUUUAUUCCCUUGAUACAAAAGCAUCAAUUACAAAAGCAGAAGAAACAGUUCGAACCGGUUUACAGAAAGCAAAUAAAAACCAAUCAAAUUUUCUCCAACUGCAGUACCACUUCACUAGAACAAAGCACAAAAUGAUCGAAAAAAUCGACCUGACGUCCGUUUUCCUAACUUUAUUUCUAGCUUUCAUUAUAAAAUAUAACUGGGACAGGCGAUGGCUUUACUACUACGGGUCCAAAAUAGACGGACCAUUGGGUUGGCCCAUCUUUGGAAGCGCCCAUUAUCUCAUGGGCGGUCAUAAAGUUUUCUAUAAAAACGUAAAUAUGCUCCUAAAGUCAUAUCCUUCAGAAGUUGCCAAAAUAUGGGUGGGUCCCACAUUACUGGUAUCGAUCACAAAACCGGAAGAUGUAGAAAUUGUGCUAAAUAAAUGCUUGGAAAGACCGAAAUUUUACGAGUUUGGUAAAGAAAUAGUCGGAAGUGGGAUUCUAACAGCGCCAAUUGAUGUUUGGAAGAGCAGACGGAAAAUGAUUAAUCCAACUUUUAACCCAAACAUUUUGAACUCGUUUGUUGAAAUUUUCGGACGACACGCGUUUUAUUUAACAAACGCACUUGAGGAAAACUGCGGAAAAGAUUCGUUUGAUAUUUUACCAAAACUGUUUAGGUGCACUUUUGACACCGCUUGUGAAACGUUUGGUGACGUUGACAGUACUUUACUCCAUGGUCGGGACGAGAUUUUCCAAAAUUUAACAAAAGCCGAAGAUCUGGUAAAAACUCGUGGAUUUACUGUUUGGUUGCAUUUUGAAUUUUUUUGGAAUAUGACUUCGCUGUGUAAAGAAUAUAAUCAAGCGUGUAACCUAUUGAUUUCAAUCGUGAAACAAAUAAUCCAAUUAAAAAAACCAAGUUACAUUUCAGACAAUAAUCACAGAGAAAAACGUUUAUUGAACCAUUUAUUAAAACUGAGUAAAAUAAAUGCGAAAAUCGACCAAACAGCUUUAGAGGACGAAAUCCAAACUAUUUUGCUUACUGGGAGCGAAACUACAGCUCUCACAGUUGGUUUAACUCUAAUUAUUUUAGGAAUAUACCCAGAAAUACAGAAAAAAAUUGGUAAAGAACUUGACGUCAUCUUCGGCAAAGAUGACAGGGUGCCAACUUUAGAAGACAUUAACAGAAUGGAGUACCUGGAAAGGGUCAUUAAGGAGACUUUGAGAUUCCUAACACCUGUACCAUUCAUGUUACGAACUAAUAACCAAGAUAUAACGCUUGAUUCGAACACAAUCCCGGCUGGAAGUUGCAUAAUGAUCCCAAUUUUUCACAUUCACAAGAAACCGGAAUAUUGGAAAAAUCCGAAUGAAUUCGAUCCUGAUCGCUUUUUGCCUGAAAAUAGUUCGAAGCGGCCACGGUGUGCUUUUAUUCCGUUUAGUUCAGGGCCUAGAAAUUGCAUAGGUUUUAAAUACGGCAUGAUGUCAGUUAAAGUUCUAUUGGCUGUGAUUUUACGAAAGUACACAGUUGUGGCAACUGAAUAUAAAAAAGUGGAAGACAUCGAAAUGCUCUUCUAUGUGGUGAAUAAACCAAUCUCAGGAUGUAAGAUCAAGUUGGAGAAAAAAUAAUUGGGAAAUAAAGAUGAUAUAACA